UCAGAUCGCCACUUCCGUGUAAAACACAUGUUAUGAGUAACACAAUCUGAUAGAGAUAAUUUAAGGUAUUAAAUCAGUCUAAAAGGAGGUUAAAGAUAUUGUUACCAACACAAGUCAUACGAACCUCGAGGACAAUCGUUUAAAUGCAGGACCCUAAUGCUGACACCGAGUGGAAUGAUGUUCUACGGGCCAAGGGAAUCAUCCCGCCCAAAGAGAAAGAAGUCUCAGAGGAUGAUAUCGUCAACAUCAUGGAAGCCACCAUUCAAAGCAAAACCACAGAUAAAACAUUAGAUGAUAUGACGUUAGAUGAACUUAAUGAAAGAGAAGAUGAGAUUGAUGAAGAGGAAGAGAGAAUUUUUGAAGCCUACAGGAGACAAAGAAUGGCGGAGAUGCGACAGGCUCAGAUGAAGGCUAAAUAUGGAGAGGUCAAGGAAAUAUCCAAGGUCGAUUACGUAACAGAGGUCAACAAAGCAGGGGAGGGGGUCUGGGUCGUUCUACAUGUCUACAAACAAUCAAUUCCAUUAUGUAAAUUAUUAAAUCAACACAUAUCAACGUUAGCAAAGAAAUUUCCCGACGUAAAGUUUCUACGGAGUGAGUCCAGUGUAUGCAUUCCUAACUACCCUGAUAAGAAUCUACCUACGAUAUUUAUAUACUUCGAAGGUGACCUUAAAAAGCAAUAUGUUGGACCACUUGUGUUCGGAGGAAUGAACUUUAAACAAGAUGAGCUGGAGUGGAUGUUGUCGGAGGUCGGAGUUUUGAAGACGGACUUGGAGGGACCGCCAAAACGUGAAAUCCACGACGUCAUGGACUCGGCUUUACGACAGAGUAGACUGGACGAUGGCGACAGUGACGAAAAUGACUGGUGAAACAUGCUCCGUUUCUGUGAACGACAGAAGGAAAAACUGACCUUUAUCUCGAAGUGCCCCUUUGAUAUGUUUUAUGAAAUGAAAAAUUGCCAAAAUCUGAAACUUAUAAAAACAAAGUAUAUGAUCUAACAUAUGAAGAAUAGAGUGCAAAGUAUUUACCACCAACAGGGCUGUAAAGAUUGAUGAAAUUUAAAGUACUGUAGUUUAUUUUCAUCUUUAUGCAGUAUUUUAAUUACUUUUCAGAUUGGAAGAUGUUUUUAUCUGAACUGAACGGGGUAAAAUUUAUAAGAGUUGAACUUAUUAACACACUUUAUUUGAUAAAGCACAAAUGUAUUUUGUGAAAUGUCAAACAUUAUAAAUGAAAAAAAAAUGUGUAACAAUUUAACAUUAAAUAUGUUAAAAAAGUUUAAGUUAUGGUAUUAAAUAUGUAUACAGUGUAUUCCAGAUCAAGGGAGCAUUUUCAUUUCAGGCAUUUUCUGAAUGAAUUGAAACAGAGAGUCAUAAAUGUGCAAAGCAAGUUAACUGUG